AUGGCGCCCUCACAAAAACCCUCGAAAACAAAGUCAAAAGCGUCCAAGGCACGCCCAAUUUCCACAGCUGCAAUCUCACAACCCCACGUCGAGGAUGCGUCCAUCCUCACUUCCCUUUCCGCCUUUUCUCAAGACGCCCAUCUCUUCGCAUAUCUCCAACUCGCAGUCGACAAACAUCGUCUGCGCGUCUAUAACACCGCAUCCGGUCAUUCCCUGGCUGAAUAUACAGUGGACACUGCCCGUGUAUCUGCUCUCCACUGGGACACCCUCAACUUCGCUUCCGAGUCCCAACCAGAUGUCGCAUCGCCCUCCAAGAAGAAGCGGAAGAAGAGACAGAGUCUCGCGCCAGAGGAAACUCCCUCUUCAGCAGGCACAGAGGUAGUCGUUCUCGGCCUGUCAGACGGCACGAUAUCCUUCUUCUCUCCCUCCCAUGGCCGAGUUUUGCGAACGCUUUCGCAUCCAUCGAGUUCAACCCCCGUCCUCAGUCUCGCGACCUCGAAAAAUGUCAUCUGGUCCUCAAGCGCCGAUGGGGUGGUUCGAAGUUGGAAUAUCCAAACGAGUGAAAUUAUAGACACCUGGAAGACUGAAGACAGGAUACCAUACACUGCCCUAUCAGUUCGACCCAACCAAGAGGACGACAGAACCGAUCUACUCGUCGCCCACCACAAUGUCCGCCUGGUAUCAAGAAGCAACGACGUUCUUUCUUCAUCUCGGUCGACUCAGAUUGCUUCCUUCACUGGCCAUGCUUCAUCUAUAAAACUCACCAAAUGGGCUCAAUCUGAAAUCCCCCCUGGCCGUUUCGUGACAAUGGCAGAGGGCGACCGUUUCCUCUACGUUUGGGAUAUCGAAGAUGGAACAACGUCAGAAGGAAAAGCAUCAGCUUCAAUUCCUCUCGACUCGGAACCCCGGACAUUUUCGAUAUCCCCUGCGUCAGGCAAGGUGGCGUUGGCCGCGCUUUCUGCCUCUGGCAAAGUUUCGGUGUAUCCCAUCCCUGAAGAACUCGUCCCUCCCGCAAGCACCAACACUACCUCACAUAAAAUCCCCACCCUCCUCUCCCGCUCCAACAUCGUCGCCCCCGCCAAAAAUAGUGCUUCGACUUCUCCAGUUAUUAACAUCGCCUUCAACUCGACCGACAACACAUCUCUUCGCAUUGCACGACUCGCCAAAGGUGUUCGUCCAGUGUUCUCGAACGUCAAAUUCUUGGAUGACUCGGGGUCCUAUAUCUCUGACAUCACCCUUGAGGAACUCGAUCUCUCAGUGGUCAAGGACGCCGAUGCGGGUAUUUCCACUCAACGAUAUGCUGAAGGAUCAGCCAAUGUCGUAGGCUCUGCCAUCGACCUCGGAGUCAAAGAAUCCGGAGACGACGUCCCCGUGCGCGACAUCGACGGCGACCUCGAAGUCGACCUCGCAGAACUUUCCCUUGGCCAACGCCUGACAGCCUUAAACGACGGUGAAGCGCGGCACUCUGACAGCGACGACGAAGAAGGUGUCUCUAGAUCACCUAAAAAGAAAAAGGGAGGACCAAAACGCGACGUCUCCUCAGUCCCUGCCAAUUCUUUGACAAGGACACUGAUCCAAGCUUUGCAUUCGUCGGAUAGCAGGCUGUUGGAGAGCUGUCUCGCCCAUUCAGAUCCCACUCUUAUUCAGAACACUGUGAAGCGGCUGCCACCUCAGCUGGCUGUGCCAUUGGUAGUUGCAUGCACCGAGAGACUUGGGCGGGGUGCUCGGGCCGCCAACAUGAAGGGCGGGGGAGGAGGAGCGAGUUCUCAGCGAGGUACCGGAUUGAUUAUGUGGAUAAAGACUGCUCUUGCAGUCCACGCCGGACAUCUAAUGACGAUCCCUGACCUCGUGGCCCGUCUAUCUGGCCUGUACACCACCAUCAACGCAAGACUGGCCUUGCACGAGAACCUCCUCCUUUUGAACGGAAAACUCGACAUGGUCCUCUCGCAGGUGGAACUGCGAUCGUCAGCAGCUCCUGCACCUCUCACCAUCAAAAAGGACAAGAGCAAGGGCAAAGCCGUCCAGUCCUCGGUAGCCAAGCAUUAUGUCGAGGGAGAAAGUGAAUCGAGUGAAGCCGACGAUGACGGGGAUGUGGAGAUUGAGAGCGGUGAUGAGGAGGGAAGCGUGGAGGAUGUAGAACUUGGUGGCGACAGUGACGAUGAAGACGGAAGUGACGAGGAGGAUGACGAAGAUGAUGAUCUUGAUGAAAGCGACGAGGAGGACGGUUCGAUGAAUGGGUUCAUAGAUGACGAGGCAGAGGAGGAGUGGUCGGAUGAAGAAGAUGAGGGCGACGAAAGCGAGUAA